AUGGGUUUGCAAGUGCUCUCCCCGAGGAUGCCCCUGUGGUUAGUGGUCUUGGGUUUUGUUUUUUCCUGGGAACUGUGGGUCUGCACUAGCCUCGAUUAUGAUUACACUUUUGAUGGGAACGAAGAGGACAAAACGGAGCCUAUAGAUUACAAGGACCCAUGCAAAGCCGUGUUGUUUUGGGGUGACAUUGCCUUAGAUGAUGAAGACUUGAAUAUCUUUCAAAUAGACAGGAAUGACUUGACACAGAGUCCUUUUGGAAAACUUGGACAUAGCACAGGUGGAUUUGGAGACCAUGGCAUACCAAAGAAACGAGGGGCUCUCUAUCAGCUAAUAGACAGGAUAAGAAGACUUGGCUCUGGCUUGGAGCAAAAUAAGACCACUAAGGGAAAAGCACCUUUAAAAUUCUCAGAACAAAAUGAGAAAAACCGAGUUCCCAGAGCUGCUACAUCAAGGACAGAAAGUAAUAUGGCCUGGAGGUUUGUCAUUCCUUAUGUCAUAGGAGGCAACUUUACUGGCAGCCAGCGAGCCAUGUUCAAGCAGGCCAUGAGACACUGGGAAAAACACCAUUGUGUGACUUUCACUGAGAGAAGCGAUGAAGAGAGUUACAUUGUGUUCACCUAUAGGCCUUGUGGAUGCUGCUCCUAUGUCGGUCGGCGGGGAAAUGGCCCUCAGGCCAUCUCUUUUGGGAAGAACUGUGACAAGUUUGGAAUCGUUGUUCAUGAACUGGGCCAUGUGAUAGGCUUUUGGCAUGAACACACCCGCCCAGACAGAGACAACCAUGUCACCAUCAUAAGAGAGAAUAUCCUAACCAGGCAAGAAUACAACUUCCUGAAAAUGGAGCCUGGAGAAGUGAACUCUCUCGGGGAAAGAUACGACUUUGACAGUAUUAUGCACUACGCCAGGAACACCUUCUCAAGGGGGAUGUUUCUGGACACAAUACUCCCUUCUCGUGAUGACAAUGGCAUUCGUCCUGCAAUUGGUCAACGGACCCGGUUAAGCAAAGGAGACAUUGCACAAGCAAGAAAGCUGUAUCGGUGUCCAGCAUGUGGAGAAACCCUACAAGAGUCCAGUGGCAACCUUUCCUCCCCAGGAUUCCCAAAUGGCUACCCUUCUUAUACACACUGCAUCUGGAGAGUAUCUGUGACGCCAGGAGAAAAGAUUGUCUUAAAUUUUACCACAAUGGACCUGUACAAGAGUAGUUUGUGCUGGUAUGACUACAUUGAAGUAAGAGAUGGUUACUGGAGGAAGUCGCCUCUCCUUGGUAGAUUCUGUGGAGACAAAGUGGCUGGAGUUCUUACGUCUACAGACAGCAGAAUGUGGAUUGAGUUUCGCAGCAGCAGUAACUGGGUAGGGAAAGGGUUUGCUGCUGUCUACGAAGCUAUCUGUGGAGGUGAGGUACGGAAAAAUGAAGGACAGAUUCAGUCACCCAAUUACCCAGAUGACUAUCGGCCAAUGAAAGAGUGUGUGUGGAAAAUAGUCGUGUCCGAGGGCUACCAUGUUGGACUGACCUUUCAGGCCUUUGAGAUUGAAAGACAUGACAGCUGUGCCUAUGACCACCUAGAAGUUCGAGAUGGAACCAGUGAAAACAGUCCCUUGAUAGGACGGUUCUGUGGUUACGACAAACCUGAAGACAUAAGAUCUACUUCCAACACUCUGUGGAUGAAGUUUGUAUCCGAUGGGACUGUGAACAAGGCAGGCUUUGCUGCUAACUUUUUUAAAGAAGAAGAUGAGUGUACCAAACCUGACCGAGGAGGUUGUGAGCAGAGGUGCCUCAACACACUGGGCAGCUACCAGUGUGCCUGUGAGCCUGGCUAUGAACUGGGGCCAGACAGAAGAAGCUGUGAAGCUGCUUGCGGAGGACUUCUUACAAAGCUCAAUGGCACCAUAACCACCCCGGGCUGGCCCAAAGAAUACCCGCCAAACAAAAACUGUGUGUGGCAAGUGAUCGCUCCAAGUCAGUACAGAAUCUCUGUGAAGUUUGAGUUUUUUGAACUGGAAGGCAAUGAAGUUUGCAAGUAUGAUUACGUGGAGAUCUGGAGUGGCCUUUCCUCUGAGUCUAAACUGCAUGGCAAAUUCUGUGGAGCUGACGUACCUGAAGUGAUCACUUCCCAUUUCAACAACAUGAGGAUUGAAUUCAAAUCGGACAAUACUGUAUCCAAGAAGGGCUUUAAAGCACACUUUUUCUCAGAUAAGGAUGAGUGCUCCAAGGAUAACGGUGGUUGUCAGCACGAGUGUGUUAACACGAUGGGAAGCUACAUGUGUCAGUGCCGGAAUGGAUUUGUACUGCACGAGAACAAGCAUGAUUGCAAGGAAGCUGAGUGUGAACAGAAGAUCCACAGCCCGAGCGGACUCAUUACAAGUCCCAACUGGCCAGACAAGUACCCGAGCCGGAAAGAGUGCACCUGGGAGAUCAGUGCCAUUCCUGGCCACCGCAUCAAAUUAGCCUUCAGUGAGUUUGAGGUGGAGCAGCAUCAAGAAUGUGCGUAUGAUCACUUGGAAGUUUUUGAUGGAGACACAGAGAAGUCGCCAAUCCUUGGUCGACUAUGUGGCAGCAAGAUACCAGAUCCCCUCACAGCUACUGGGAAUCAAAUGUUUCUUCGGUUUAUUUCUGAUGCCUCUGUUCAAAGAAAAGGAUUUCAAGCCACCCAUUCGACAGAGUGUGGUGGUCGACUGAAGGCAGAGCGCAAACCCAGAGACUUGUAUUCCCAUGCUCAGUUUGGGGAUAAUAACUACCCAGGACAAGUUGACUGUGAAUGGUUGUUAGUUUCAGAACGAGGCUCUCGACUUGAGCUGUCCUUCCAGAUGUUUGAAGUAGAAGAAGAAGCUGACUGUGGCUAUGACUAUGUUGAAAUCUUUGAUGGUCUCAAUUCAAAAGCUGUGGGUCUUGGUAGAUUCUGUGGAUCUGGGCCACCAGAAGAAAUCUACUCAAUUGGAGGUGCAGUAUUAAUUCAUUUUCACACAGAUGACACUAUCAACAAGAAAGGAUUUUAUAUAAGAUACAAAAGUAUAAGGUACCCAGAGACUAUGCAUGUCGAGAACUAA